AUGGGAAGUAGAAAUAACACUAACAUCCCUGACUUUAUUCUUAUGGGAUUGACAGACUCCGAGGAGACACAGUGUGUCCUCUUUUUGCUCUUUCUCCUGAUGUACCUGAUUUCUUUGCUGGGGAAUGCAGGGAUGAUACUAAUAAUUCACCUGGAUCUCCAGCUUCACACCCCCAUGUAUUUUUUCCUCAGUCACCUGUCAUUCCUGGACCUCAGUAACUCAACCAUCAUCAUCCCUAAAACUUUAGAAAAUUUACAGACUUCCAACAAGUAUAUUUCAUUCAUAGGCUGCUUCACUCAGAUGUAUUUUUGUGCCUUCCUGACUGUCAGUGAAUUUUUCCUUCUCUCUUCAAUGGCCUAUGACCGCUAUGUAGCCAUCUGCAACCCUCUUCAAUACCCUGUUGUUAUGUCCAGGAGACUCUGCUCCACCCUCAUCACUGUGUCCUACUUGAUUGGAGGUAUUGAAUCUUUAGCCAUUGUUCUGUACAUAAACAGUUUGCAUUUCUGCAACUCAAAUGUGAUCUCUCACUUUUUCUGUGAUAUAACCCCAGUUUUAGCCCUUUCCUGUACUGUAACUCUUAGCAUUGAAAUCAUGAUUAUAAUUUUUGCUAGUUUCAAUGUAAUGUUUACUUUUAUCACAAUUUCUGUGUCCUAUGGGUCCAUUCUGUGUACUAUCCUGAAAAUUAAUUCCACUUCAGGAAAGCAUAAAGCAUUCUCUACUUGUGCCUCACACCUCCUGGGAAUCAGCAUUUUUUAUGGCACUACGAUAUUUAUUUAUAUAAAACCAAAGAAGUCCUACUCCUUGGGAAAGGAUCAAGUGUCUUCUGUGUUUUAUACUAUGGUGGUCCCCAUGCUGAAUCCAUUCAUUUAUAGUCUCAGGAACAGAGAAGUAAAAAAUGCUCUCAUUAGAGUCAUGCAGAAGAGAAAGUGUUCUAGACAACUGAAAUGA